AUGGGAGAUUGGGAUCACAAUAACCUCGUUCAUGAGCUACGACAAGGCAUGGAGCUGGCAACGCAGCUCCAAAUCUCUCUCCAAGUGCCUUCUACCUCCCCACAAAGCCGUGAGCUUCUGAACGAGAAGAUCAUAGCUGCAUUUGAAAAGGCACUUGCAAUGGUGAACUGGAAUGGGGUGCAAGUGGGUGAGCCUUCACAAAUGCCCACAAGGGUUGCAAUGAGAAUGUCACAGUCACCACCAUUGAGCGCAAGUCCUCGCAGUGAAGACUCUGACAGAGAUCUGGAGCAGAGUGCCACUAGAAAGAGGAAGGUCAUGCCAAGAUGGACAAAACAUAUCCGAGUUAAUCCAGGGAUGGAAGUGGAAGGGUCACUUGAUGAUGGAUAUUGUUGGAGAAAAUAUGGCCAGAAAGACAUUCUUGGAGCCAAGUAUCCAAGAGGCUAUUACAGAUGCACCCACAGAAAUGUUCAAGGCUGCAUGGCCACAAAGCAAGUGCAAAGAUCAGAUGAAGACCCAAAUAUCUUCGAAAUCACUUACAGGGAAAAGCACAACUGCACAAUGUCCUCCUAUGUGGUUCCUCCAUCAGGACCACAAGAAAACCAAGAAUCAAAUUUGAGCAAAGUUCCACAGCAUCAAAAUGACCAGCAAAUUCUUGAGCAGCAUUCAAGUGAUCAUCUAGUUUUGAACCUCCGUGAAGGCCUGAAAAUCCUAACAGAGAAUCUACAUCAUGCUCCUGACCAAGUUACUUCAACUUUGCAUUUCCCUUCAACUACAAAUAUAAAAACUGAAGACAAAGUUUUCCCUUCGCCAAUGAUUGAAAAUAACACUGCAGAAAACUUCAUCUAUCCUUCAUAUGUGUCCCCUGCCACAUCUAGAACAAGCUACUUUUCGGUGUCUCCAAGUGGCGGGAACAGCUUUGUGGGGUACUCAAAUUUGUUAAGUUCUGGUUCUGAGAUCAAUGACAUGAUCAUAGCUGCUACUUCAGCCGCAAACUCUCCAACCGUUGACUUAGAGUUUCCAUUUGACCAGUUUCAAUUGGACGGUCAAAACUUCACCUUCGAUAACCCACCAUUCUCCUAA